GCGGGCUCUAGCGGCGGCGCCGUCCCCUCAGAGGGGCGCAGCAGCGCGGGUUGAGGCGCCUCGGCGGAGCGGGACGCGCUCGCAGCGCGGCUGGGCGCUGGCGAUGAGCGACGCCGGGGCCCCGGGACCUGAGGCCGGCGCUGCGCGGGCCGAGCCGGCCGGCGCGGCGCUGAGCGUGGACGUGGCGGGGCUGCUGGUGCAGCUGGCGCGCAGCUUCGCGCUGCUGCUGCCGGUGUACGCGCUCGGCUACCUGGGCCUGAGUUUCAGCUGGGUGCUGCUGGCGCUCGGGCUGCUCGUGUGGUGCCGGCGGAGCCGCGGCCUCAAAGCCACCCGCUUGUGCCGCGCCCUGGCGCUGCUGGAGGACGAGGAGCGCGCGGUGCGCUUGGGGGUGCGCGCCUGCGACCUGCCCGCCUGGGUCCACUUCCCAGACACGGAAAGAGCAGAGUGGCUAAACAAGACGGUAAAGCACAUGUGGCCUUUCAUCUGCCAGUUCAUAGAGAAGCUGUUCCGGGAGACCAUAGAGCCGGCCGUGCGGGGGGCAAACGCCCACCUCAGCACCUUCAGUUUCACCAGAGUCAACAUGGGCCAGCAGCCCCUCAGGAUCAACGGUGUCAAGGUGUACACGGAAAAUGUGGACAAAAGGCAAAUCAUCCUGGACCUUCAGGUCAGUUUUGUAGGAAACUGUGAGAUCGACUUGGAGAUCAAGCGAUACUUUUGUAGAGCUGGUGUGCAAAGUAUACAGAUUCACGGCACGAUGCGGGUGAUCCUGGAACCGCUGAUUGGAGACAUGCCCCUGGUGGGAGCCUUGUCCAUCUUCUUCCUCAGGAAGCCGCUUCUGGAAAUUAACUGGACAGGACUGACCAAUCUUCUCGACAUCCCCGGGCUGAACGGCUUAUCAGAUACUAUCAUCUUGGAUAUAAUAUCAAACCACCUGGUGCUUCCCAAUCGAAUCACUGUUCCGCUCGUCAGCGAGGUUCAGAUAGCCCAGCUGCGGUUUCCGAUACCAAAGGGUGUCCUCAGGAUACACUUCGUUGAAGCUCAGGACCUCCAGGGGAAGGACACCUUCCUUAAGGGGCUUGUCAAGGGCAAGUCAGACCCCUACGGCGUGAUCCGAGUCGGCAACCAGAUCUUCCAGAGCAAGGUCAUCAAGGAGAACCUGAGCCCCAGGUGGAACGAGGUGUACGAGGCCUUGGUCUACGAGCACCCCGGACAGGAGUUGGAAAUCGAGCUCUUCGACGAGGACCCGGACAAGGACGACUUUCUGGGGAGCCUCAUGCUCGACCUGACCGAGGUGGAAAAGGAGCGCCUUCUGGACGAAUGGUUCACCCUGGACGAGGUCCCCAGAGGGAAGCUGCACCUGAAGCUGGAGUGGCUCACGCUGAUGCCACAUGCCGGCCGCCUGGACCAGGUGCUCACAGACAUCCGAGCCGACAAGGGCCAAGCCAACGACGGCCUUUCCUCCUCUUUGCUGAUCUUGUACUUGGACUCAGCGAGGAACCUUCCGAGUAUCUACGAGGGAAGCUUUGGGUGUGGCCACUUAAAAGAGAGGCGCGCGUCCGGACUGGUGUUCUGUGAAAACACCGCCUCGGUCUAUAGAGCGCUGUUUUCAGGGAAGAAGGUGAACAGCAGCCCCAACCCUCUGGUGCAGAUGUCCGUUGGUCACAAGGCCCAGGAGAGCAAGAUUCGGUACAAAACCAACGAGCCCGUGUGGGAGGAGAACUUCACUUUCUUCGUCCACAACCCCAAGCGCCAGGACCUUGAAGUCGAGGUCAGAGACGAGCAGCACCAGUGUUCGCUGGGGAACCUGAAGAUCCCGCUCAGCCGGCUGCUCACCAGCGACGACAUGACCAUCAACCAGCGGUUCCAGCUCAGUAAUUCAGGGCCGAACAGCACCCUGAAGAUGAAGAUUGCCCUCAGGGUACUCCACCUGGAAAAGCAGGACAGGUCUCCGGACCACCAGCACUCAGCUCAAGUAAAGCGACCCUCAGUGUCCAAAGAAGGGAGGAAAACAUCCGUCCGGUCUCAGAUGUCUGCGUCGCCAGGCACUGGUGACAGCAGCCCGGCCCCGUCCACACCCGUCAUUGGGGGCGCUGCGAGGCCUGGACUGGAGGAGAGGGCCCCGCCUGUGGAGGCCAGCCCGCAGGGACCCCGGGACCUGGGCCGGAGCUCCUCCAGCCUGCAGGUCGGCGCCGCCGGCUCCCCCAGCCACAUGUUUGUCAAGGAGCCCACCCCCAGCAUAGCCUCGGACAUAUCGCUGCCCAUCGCCACGCAGGAGCUGCGGCAGAGGCUUCGGCAGCUCGAGAACGGGACGACGCUGGGACAGUCUCCGCUGGGGCAGAUCCAGCUGACCGUCCGGCACAGCUCGCAGAGAAACAAGCUGGUGGUGGUGGUGCACGCCUGCAGGAACCUCAUCGCCUUCUCUGAAGACGGCUCCGACCCCUACGUCCGCAUGUACUUGUUACCGGACAAGAGGAGGUCGGGGAGGAGAAAAACGCACGUGUCGAAGAAAACACUGAACCCCGUGUUUGACCAGAGCUUUGAUUUCAGCGUGUCCUUGCCGGACGUGCAGCGGAGGACCCUGGACGUGGCCGUGAAGAACAGCGGCGGCUUCCUGUCCAAGGACAAGGGGCUGCUCGGCAAGGUGCUGGUCGCUCUGGCGUCGGAGGAGCUCGCCAAAGGCUGGACCCAGUGGUAUGACCUCACGGAAGACGGGACGAGACCGCACGUGGUGACGUAGGCCCCGCGGGCCCGAGGCGCUGCUCCCUGGGGUGUCGGCCCCGCCCCGCGUGCUGGAAGGCGCCCCCACCCCCCACUCACCGACGCUGUUUUUAUACUUCCUGUUCUUCGCUGGACAUGCCUUACUCGUUUUAUAAAGCGUGGACACUUGAGGCGUAUUUGGCCGAUGGUAUCGUCCAGUGUUGUGUGUUGGACCCCUCCAGCGAGUCGGCAGCCGUCACAGCCCACAGCCGGGCGGCAGGCACCGCUGGUGGGGGAGGCUGGGUGUCCGGGAGGGGGGCCCGUGUGUCUGCUUCGUGGUCGCCGUGUUUCGCGUGUCACGGGGGCACGCCGUGCCGUGUAAAUAGAUGCUAUUUUUUAUAAUCUCUACAUGCUGGUUUGGAUUCAGAAGAAAAUGGCUUAAGGAAAUAUAUAUAUUUUCUUCUAAAUUCUUAUGACAGAUAAUCAUUUUUGUCUUCGCAGGAAAAAGUUCUCAGUGACUUAUUUUGUGCCAUUUAUUUUUAAAGAGAAAAGCUGAAAGAUUACGAAAUAUUAGUAUAUUUCUGCCCAUUAUCAAAGAAAGAAAGUAUUAAAACUAUUAACACUUUUGUGACUACGAAGAUGCGUUACUGAGAAGCCGGGUGCUCGUGAGGGAGGACACUGGGCAGCUGGGCCGGGCAGACCGUUCAGGGGUCGUCCCGGCUCCGAAGUCGCGGUGUGCUGCUCCGAAACAGCUCACACAAAGCGGAAACGCCGAAGUUUUGAUUGCGUGUUAUCACUUGUUCACGAAACAGUGCAGCGACACACAACUGUGGUCUUUCUGAAACGUGACCCAGAUGGUCAGGGUCCGCGCGAGGCUGUUGUGCAGUAGCCACGAGCGCUGGUGCUCGCCCGUCGUGCUCGUUAUUCCCGGCCUGUGAGGGGAGACCAGCUCCCACUGCCCCCCCCACCCCCCGCCCGAGGGCUGUGAGGUUGGCCGGGUAAGCAGACAGGGACGCGGUUUAGCCGAUCGCUGCUGCGCCCGCUCGUCAGCGUGGCACAGGCGAGCGCAGGACGGGCCGGAGCUGGCUCUCGGUUCCCUUGUGCCCUCUCGCCGGGCCACCCAGGACCCAGGGUGCCAGCAGCUGGCGUUCGGGGGCGACUCCGCUUCCUGGGUUUCUGAAGCUACUUCCUGCCAGGACUGACCUCGGUGUCGCAACAUCGUCACACAGUUUCUACUUUGGAGUAUAUUUUUCUCACUAGACGAUUAAAAGCAUGCUUUGUAUCCCU